CUCAUAUAAAAGCUAGUCGAAGACAGACGUCCGUGCCGAUCGUACAAGUAGACAAUGUUACCUCAAAAGAGUCACCUUUUAAUUUUUACGCUUGUGUCCGCCUUUUGCACUGCACUAGCAGAAACAGAAACAUGCGGACAAACAGACAAACCGCCCAGCCCCACAUCGGAGUGCUGUGGUUUAGACCUUGCUGAUGAUCAUCGUAAAACAAGCGGAGACGCGGCUAUCAACCAGUUUCCCUGGCUGGCUCUGAUCGAAGCUAAUGGAAGGCCGACCUGUACAGGCGUAAUCAUCAGCUCAAGAUACGUAUUGACAGCUGCUCAGUGCUUAUAUCAAUCUCCGACAAACGUUCGUCUCGGAGAAUUCAACAAAACAAAUUCUGGACCUGACUGUUUGAUGGUCGGCGGGAAGAAGAUCUGCAACGGCGGCGCCAUCACCAUCGCAAUAGAGGCUACAGCCUCACAUGCCCAUUACAAUCAAGACUACCACGGUCACGACAUUGCGAUCCUAAAACUUGCCAAGCCAGUUCCUUACAACGAAUUCAUAAGACCGAUCUGUCUACCGACAUCCGACAUAACAGUUUCUCCGCCAGAAAAUCUGAGGCUGAUCAACGCCGGCUGGGGCAGCAAGCCAUCGAGCGAUCAAGAAGAAGAUGUUGUGAAGCAUUACGUCGAGCUACCGUAUGUUCCUCUGAAGCGCUGCAAAGAAAUAUAUAAGGAUAUAUCACAUAGAUACUCCUCGACUAUCAGCGAAAAGCACAUAUGCGCUGGAGGAGAGAAGGGUUUAGACUCUUGCAGAGGAGACGGGGGCGGCCCUCUGAUGUUCGAAGAAGGUGGACGCUACUCGCUAGCCGGUAUCGUCAGCUUCGGUGCGGUACCCUGCGGUAGAGUUGGAGUACCGAGUGUUUACACUAAAGUCUUUUACUACCUACCUUGGAUAAAUAACGUUACUUCGACGCUCUAAAAACAAUAGGAAUGGCGAGAAUGUGAUAAUAGAUUUCUUUAAACUUUUUUUAUUAGACAUAUUGGAGUGAAUUUUAAUGAAUUUAAUAAAUGUACGAAAAGAGUA